UGGUUUAAACUAAGUUUUGUUUUCCUAGUUAAUAGUUAUUACAUUUAUAAAAAUGUGUUAUACACAGGUCCAUUCAUUGUUAAUGGUAAAUACAACAACUGGCAUAUUUACAAUCCGGACAGGGGUAACUAUGGAAUGACAAGCUCAUACCCGGAUGCAAAUAUUUGGAGGUGGAGAUCAACCAAUCCCUCAUUUAAUGCUCACUAUAUUUGUCAACUUAAUGUAAAAAGCACUAAACUGGUUGCGUCCAAAUCAACUUUAAAUGUAAUGUACGGAGAAGAUUCUGUUCUUUGUUCAUCAGAUUCCAACCCUGGACCUCCUGUCUCAUGGAAAAUAAACUCACAAGAUGUUUCAACAAACACAAGUGAACGAGUGUAUCAAAUAAUUACACAACCUACACUGGAUGGGAAUUCUACAUCACGUUUGUAUUUAACUCGUGGUUUACAUCAGAAUUCUGGUGUUUAUACUUGCAAUGCUACUUCCCUUGACCAAUCUGCAGAAACUAUUGUUAUUAGUACGUAUAAGUAUCCUUAUUGGAAAAAUGCUCUACACGGAGAACAAAUUUUAGGUUUUACCUACUGUCCACGUUUUGAAAAUUCUAAAGGAAACCUACGCACAUAAAAUGCUUUAUUGAUAUAUAACAGUUGGUGUUUCUUUUUUAAAACUAUCACACACUUCACUUUUUACGUACAGCUUAUAUACAAAGAACUUAGUUAAGUCAAACUUGACACUAACUGCUGGGUGUCUGUUCUAUUUUACUGCAGUUUCUGAAGUAUAAUCAAUUUACGUAAUAUAAUAAAUUUAGGAA